AUGAGUCAACAAAAUAGUCAAAUCACUAAAACAAAGUUAGGAAUGAUUACAAUAAAAGAAUAUAAGAAAGAAAAUUAUGUCCUACAAAGAUUAGGAGAAACAAGUCAACAGAACAUAGCACAACAAGAAAAAUUCUAUCCAGAAGAAAUUAAUCAGCAGAACAGAUUAUAUCCAGAAAAUAAAAUAUAUGAAAAAGAAUGGAGAGAUUUUAAAGAAAGAAAUCCUUGA